GCGGCAUGAUCGGAGAUUUGAAGGUUAUGAGGAUGCUAUUCUGUUCGAAAAUCUGCUAAUCGAACACUUGUGUUAGGUGCUACACUCUCAUUUUGGGAAGUGAUUGUAGAAAGUACACCGUGUGUGACAUGUGGCGGGUGGGAUAAAGGAAACACAAGCACUGCGAACCGCUCAUAAAUUCCUAUUAGUACAGUUAAACAAACGAUCGUUCGUAUUCCCUUGAAAUACUACAUGUGAUAAACACAGCAGAAUAUUGAAAGAUGGCGGGUACAAGUUGCUCCGCUUUUUCUCACGAUGGAAAAUAUCUAGCCAAUUGUGGUAGCGACGGUAAAUUGAAGAUUUGGGAGACAGCCACAAGUAGGUUGAAACAGGAAUACAUACCAAAUUUACAUCUGUCAUCGCCCUGCAGUGUCCUAGCAUGGAUCUCCGUUACCCGUCAAUCAAACUCCAACUCGGUUUCACCAUGGAAGAAGCGAAAGAGAAAAUCAGUAUCCGAGGAGCCGGAGAGCAUUGGAAUGGUUGCGAUGGGUUCGGUUAAUGGGAAUGUCAUUCUCUAUGAUGUAGCGGCUGCCUCAGUUAGUAAACAAUUGGAGUCGGGCCACACGGGAGUAAUAACAGCAAUCGACUGGUCAGAUUGUAGCGGCUUGUUCACAGCUGCGGAAGACAAGAUGAUUGUUCACUGGAAUAUCCAGGACGAUUGCGUCAAGGCCAGGUUUAAGUCUGGCAAGGAAAAAGUGACGGCUAUCGCUGUUGUUCAUGGCGAAAAUUCCAUCAUCUCAGCUGGAAAAACUAUCAAGUGGUGGGAUUUGUCUAACCAGCGUGUCAUUACGAGCUUUACGGGACAUGCCAGUUAUGUAACUUCCCUAAACCCCAUAAAAAUGAAUGGCAAAAGUAUCUACCUUAUCAGUGGAGCCAGCGGCGAUAGGCAAUUGAACAUUUGGUCAUUGAAUAAGGAAAAUAGGGACAAGAACUCUGUGGCUAUAUUAGUGAUGCAGGAUGAGGCCACUUCGGUAACAACGCACGUUGUCGCAGACUCACAAGUCGAGGUAUUGGCAGUGACAAGGUCUGGUAAAGCCCAUUUAUUCAAGCAUCAACCAAACGGGCGAAGUUCCAAGCCUCUUAAACCGACACUUGACGUUGUGGUCAAUUCAAGUCGUGGACAGAGAGAAAGUGUUCAACAGAUUCAAAUUUUAACUGCUAAACUGACGGUAGACUCGCGGAUGCUUUUGGCGUAUGGUUCAUACCUUAAUGUAUCCUUCGAAAAAGUUACGCCUGAUUUCUCAGAGAAAGUACAAUGUCUUAUGAGGCUUGGUGCAAAGAUAUCGAAGGAAAGAAAUGAGCUCGCAGUUUCCAAACUUAAACCUACGGAAGUCGAUGGAGAGGUCCAAUAUUUAGCCACAGGAACAGCCACUCCAAUAAUGAAAAGGAGUCGAUCGAAUGCUGCAGGUUCACAAUUACCAAUGGAAGUUAGAUUAGAAAAUCUCAGUUUAAAAACAGCAGCGAAUACACCGGGCGAAGCACCUACAAAAGCUACCAAUAUGGCGCAACUACUCAUGCAAGGUUUACAUAGCAAAGACAAAACUAUACUUCGCGACGUCUUAAUGAGGCGGGAUGAAACGUUGAUCAAAAACACGGUAUCUAGGUUACCAGUCGAGACGAUUGCUCCAUUGCUCAAGGAACUCACCAUCUUGAUGCAAGGGAAGGCAUACACGACCAAAAUAGCCAUCACCUGGCUGAAAAUGUUGGUUCAACAAUUUGCGGGGCAUUUGUUGGCCUAUCCGGACAUUGGUGAUUUAUUGGGACCCAUUCUAGGUACUGUGGACGCAAAAUUGAGUCUGUUGCCACAAUUGUGCAGACUUAAAGGGCGUGUUGCUCUUGUCACUGGACAAAUCACACAAGCUGCUGAAAAACGGGAAAGAAUCAACGAGGAGAGUCUCCUCGUUUAUCAAGAGCCAGAUUCUUCAGACGACGACACUGAGGUAGAGGAACUGGCAUCUGGAAGUGAAUCAGAUGAUAUUUGGGAGGAAGCUUCUGACCAAGAGGCAAAUCAAGAAGCUGACGAAGCGAAUAAUCAACCGGGCGAUGAUGAUGAGGAUGACAACGAUGAGAGUGACGAUGACGAAGGUGACGACAAUGACGAUAUAUCAAUGUCUAGUUGAACUUGUGAAGAAAACAGAAACAAGUAAAAUUGGGGCAAAUUUUUUACAAGGAAAUGUCUGCUAUUUCUUUCAAGUAAACCUUUUGAAAUCACUUUGCCACCUUGAAAUCAAAAAGGAGGAACGUGAUGUUGAUUAACGAAUCUUCUUUCUUUUACCAGUAAUUGAAUGUAUGAUAUAACAAAAGCCCGAAGGAGCUGGAUAAUUUCACUGUUUCGUAAAAGACUGCGAAUUAAUUAGGGCUAACUUAUGUUGACGUUGUUCUUUUUUUUUUAUUUACGUUGAUUCAGUGUUCGUUCAGUAUAAAACUUGCUGCAUUAUAUUUUUUUAAAUGUAAAUAUAAAUUGUAGAUCUUUAAACUCGUUUUGUGGAAAGAAACAAAUUUACCAAAUUUUCUUAUUUCCUUUACCGUUUUCACUUUUUACUGACGCUCUUUUUUUUGUAACUAACAAAGUGAUUAAAGUAUACAGAUAUAUCCACUUUAAAUUUUAAAUUGUAGCCUCUUCUGUAGAACUUGUUCAGGCUAAUCGUCGGUUUCACUGGCUGUACUUGUGCACCAGGAAUUCUAGGAAAAUCACACCCAGUGCGAGCCAAGUGCAGCCAGUGAAAGACACUACCAGUGUUGCAGAUUCUCAUUGAAAUACGAAAAUUUACCGAAUUCAAAGAACCGUUGCUAAUUGUAGUAUACAGUUUGGGAAAAUUAAUAAAA